CUCAUUAAAAUUUAUAGAAUAGUUAAAAAUAGGGGAAGUUCACUCCGUGGCUUAAAAAUGGUUGCAUUUAACAGGGCAGAGCUGAUUUUCUCUGAAAUGGCAGCUGCAAAUGAGAUCUUGAAGCGUGCAGAGGACGAGAGUGCGAACUUCUCCGCGUUCCUGCCGGAACGCAAGAAAAUCAGGAAAGGAGUGAUUACCGAUUGGGAAGAGUCGGUGGCUGAUCUGGAGGAGGCGCUGGUACCAGGCCAGCCCGAGUGUACAUUCGAGAGGCUGAAGAAGAAAAUUUCAAAGGAUGGGAAAAUUGAAUGGGUGGAUGGCAUGGCAAUUCGGGCCAUUUUUAAGGGGGACCAACUCCCCAAGGAGCUCUGGAUAGGGCAGGGACAUGUGAGCGUGAGGGUGUUCCCCUUUGUCGAAGCCGUAAAGCAGUGUCAUAGAUGCUUUGCUUUCGGACAUGUACAGAUGCAAUAUAGGAACAAGUUUAGGAGGUGUUUGAAAUGUCUUGAAAAUGAACAUGGACCGUGCGAUAAACCAGUGAAGUGCUUGAACUGUGGGGGUGAUCAUACCAGUUUAUCAAAAGCAUGCUGGAAGUUCCAGCGAGAGAAAGCAGUGAAGAAGGUCAUGGCGUACCGGAACGUUGCUUACGCCACCGCCAGGGAUUUUGUUUCAAAACAGAUGGGAGACAAUGGAAUCUUGUACGACGAUGAUGAUAGAAUCGAAGGAUUAAGGGACUUCCCGGCCCUCUUUAACAGGAAUAGGGCUAGGAUUAGGGUACCUGAGUUUUGGGAGAAAUUAGAAGUGUCUCUGGGUGAAGAACUGCAAUCCAUCCGGGAAGCAAGAGGAUCCUUACCCCAGGCAGAACCACAGCAAAGGGGUUGGGAAAGCUUUGUGAGCUCGAGAAAGGAUGGGAGCGGCCCGUCAGGUGGGAGAGGCCGUGGAAGACUGAAUUUGAUUGUUGAGAAUGACCCGAUUAAGACUAGGGAAGGCUUAGUGAGGAGGAAGUUGAUUGAGAUGGAACACCCGGAAGAGGGUGAGGUGGAAUACACCUUCGGCUAUGGUGAACUCGAAGAGUCGGCUAUAAAGAAGGUUAGUAAAAUGGAACAAAGGGCGAACAGGCACCUCAUCGAUCAAUUGAGGAAAAGGAGGGAGGAAGAGUUCCUCUCCGAGCUGUUGAGCCUGAUCGCUGAUAGGGGAUUCGAGCAAGAGGUGGAGAAACAUCUAAGGAGGAAGAAGUAUGGAAGGACUCAGACGGAAGAAGAGGAAUUUGAGGCUUGGAACACCCCGCAACGUCCUGAAUGGAACGUGCCGAUUCCUCCAAAGAUCCAGGCUAAAAUUGAUAGAAAAAAGGCGCUGCAUGCGGCAAAGGAAGCGGAGAAAAAGCGGGCGCAGGAAGAAUGGGAAAAUAGUUUGCCGGGCCCGUCCUAUGCGAGGUGGGAAAGGGAAAGGGAGCAGGAAGAAGCUGUAAGGGAAGAGGAACGCAACCGUUUAAGACUUCAAGCAAUUAAGAAUGGCCCUUAUGGGCACAUUUUCCGGCAGAACGAAGAAGAUGCUUCUAAUAAAAAAGACUAA